AUGGGACAGUCCUCUUCUACACAACGUGAUCCAUCCAAUACCGGCUAUCGAGUACACUUUGCACCUUUCUCAAUACAGCGUGGCCCUAACACGAGGGAUGAAAACAUGAAUCAUAGACAGGCGGCUGAACACAACGGAGAGGGUGGUUUGCCACCCCGGCCAGACAUGGACAUACAUAAUAGGAGUGACCAAGAUAUGGCAUCCGACCGGCCAGGCCGAACCUCCGCUGGGGGCUCACAACCUAUGCGAAGUAUCGAAGAGGAGGGCGGGCCCGAAUAUGAGCUCCCACCCCGCGAAUACCGCACUGCAGCGUUUGCUCGAAUGGCAGCACGAAGACAAUCGACCAUGUCAAGGCUGGGCUCUAGGCUUCUUCCAAAUUCUGUCAUUCGUGGACUUCUCAACAGUCAAGAAGAGACCCCGGCCGAGGGACAUGCACAUCGGCAUGGCCUAGUCUCUCCAAGAACCGAGACUGCUCAAACAUCCGGUCGGUUCAGUGCGUUCGAUUCAUUCGGCUCCAGAGGAAUAACUCGGCGCCGAUCUGCUCGCGCGCCAUAUUUCAUUCCACCCCGCCCGGAGUCUGCUGGGAUCCCAGAUGCACCAGCAACCCCGACAUACAUCGACUCUCCAUCUCAAAUACCUGACCCGACAAGAGCAUCCUGGCGUCGCAGUGUCAGGCUACAACGCAUGCGUCAUUCGAUUUCAUCUCCCAUUUCUCACAUGUUCGGCCAGCCACACUCAGAUUCGCGGCCGCACGAAAGCCCGGAAUACCCAAUGUCAGAUCCUUUAUUUGAUGAUAGGGCUAUGGACACGCGUCUGGACUUCGGCGAACCCCCUCAUGAAGUUGAUUCACUAGAACCAGCAAUCCAGGCUGAGAGGCCGGUAACUGAUUCGUCUUCUGCGCAGGCGAGUCCUGCUUUGAUGCGCCGAUUGCCUGGGAUCAUCCGAGCAAGAUCAUCCAGAGUCCUGCGACGAGAGGAGCAAACACCACUGUCAAGGGUACUUCAGCUCGCCGCAUCCGCAAUUGCAGCUCAGCUAUCCGGCACUGCCGGUCCUGCGUUGCCUAACAUCCAGGCAUUGGGCAAUGACGGCUUAGAUGGCUCUUUGGAGAAUUUCAUCCAGAGUUUGCAGCACGCAACUUCUGCGCAGGCUCAACCGCCUGCAGCAGACGGGUCGAGCAGUACUGCAAACGAAGGACCCUCGCAUCCCGUCAAUUUCUUGCGUGUGUUCCGAUUUGCCAAUUCAGAACCAUCCACAGGCGGCGCUGCAAGGCAGAGCGCGAGUGGUGUUGGCGACCGUGGGACCCAAACCGAUGGAAUGGACAUCGACGAGCCUGCUGAAGGCGCAGGGCGAACGGUUACACUGGUUGUCGUUGGAGUUCGAUCCGUCCUGGCUGGAAACGCAGGUCAUACCGAACAGCAACAGCCCGUAAGUCCGGGCCCAGGUCUAGAUGCUCUGCUCGGUCUGCCAUUUUUGCCACAUAAUACUAUCCCACGGCCUCAAGAUGCCACUGGUGAACCUACCCAACGGAGCGAUGGGCGAUCUAGAUUGACUCUUCCUCGGAACCCCACCGGAGCUACAGAACUUCCACCCCCGUCAGUUCCCAAUCACUUUAGAAGAAUGUCUGAUACCGGCCCCCGUGCUGCAUUCCCAUCCUAUCAUCCGUCUGGUUUCUCCGAAAGUCCCCCGGGCCCGCACCCGCCUCCGUCAACACCAGCCGAACAGGGGAUAUCUGCUUUGCCCUCCGGCACUUCGACUCCGAGCCGUAGACCAUCCUCCGCUUCAGCAAUUGCUCCUGAUAUUCUGCCCCAUCUACAUGAAGGCCAGGCAAUGCGACCGACGGCGGAGACUCUGGAUGAGCCUAUGACAUUCAAUACCGCUCGCCAGCGACGUCGAAGCGAUUCUGAGUAUGCUCGUCAUCGGGCCCUCGGCUCUGGUGCUGUUCGACGCAAUGGCAUGGUUGAACCCGAUCAACCCCCACCAAGUGGAGGUCGCAGUUGGUUAAUUUAUGUUGUUGGAACCAACCUUUCUGAAAACCACCCGGCUUUGACCACACCAAGUCUUUUCACCGAUAACCCAACCUACGAGGAUAUGAUCCUACUUUCAUCACUAUUAGGUCCAGCUAAGCCCCCUGUUGCCUCUCAGACCGAUAUCAACUCCGCCGGCGGAAUAUUCCAUCUUGUUGAGUAUGCAGGUUCAUUGGUCGCCGAAGCCGUCGAAGGCGCUGCCUCCAUUCAAAUCCAAGAGGGGGAGCGCUGUUUGAUAUGCUUGAGUGAUUAUGAGGUGGCGGAGGAAGUUCGAGAGCUGAAUAAAUGCAAACAUGUCUUCCACAAGGAUUGCAUAGACCAGUGGUUAACCACUGGGAGAAACUCUUGUCCUCUCUGCCGAGGUCAAGGCGUCAACGAAACCCCCAGCAACGACUCCAAUACCGACAACCCGGUACCCAGUCCUGCCCCUGCCCCGGCUCCAGAUGGCACAGCUGUCUGA